AGAUCAUAAUCGUUAUAUCAAGAUUAAGAAUAUAAGUACAUUUAACAGUUUAGAGAAUAUGUUUUUAUCAGUCAGUCUAAAACAUCUAUCUCUGCUUGGUCCCGUUCAAUACAUACAAAAUGCACUAGCACGAGAAGUUAGAACUAUACCAUUCUCAUAAUCAAGAUAGAUUACAUUUAAUCUCGUUCUACAAUCUUUCUGAUGGUUUUGUCCAAAAUUUUCAUCUACGGUAAUAAUGACUUAUGUAAGUUGAUCAGUAAGAUUUGAUAGUAUUUUCAUAUAGUCAUGCACAAUGUUCCUUGGAUGGAUAAUUUUAAAAGAAAUUGAUGGCUGCACAUGUCAUUAUUUUGUCUUUUCUUAUGGCGGUACUUCUGUACCAAUUUUUUUGAUCUCAUAUUGUGUCGGCUGGAAAAAAAAUUUCUCAAAGUGAGCUGCUGGCUGUUUUCUUGUAUUAAUGAAAACCAAGUGAAUUAUUUGUGUUAAGGCGGCAGUAAACAAGAUGCACAGGAAUAUUGUUUAUGCUAUAUGUCAUUGUAUGGUAUAUUUAAACAAAUUGAACUGGUCAUGUUUAUGCUUUAUUUUUUGGAAAUUUUUUGUGUAAAAUUUGAAGAAAUAAAAUGGUGAUGAGGAUUCUUUCUUUAAUUACCAAGAUUAAAUAGUAAUGAAGUAUUAAAUUUAUGUGUUGGCAUAGACCUUCCUCCCCAUCGGAUGAGUUUAAUACAAGUCACUACGUAUUUAAUCGCUAGUUUGAUAAUCUUUAUUAACUCUCCUAAACUGAGUAAUAUAUGAUUGGAUCAAUGUAACUAGAGGAUUUUCACUUGACUUAAACUAACAGUAGACUCUCCAUCUGAGUUAGGUCUGUAUAAGUUUAUGGAGUGAAUAAUCGGUCAUUAUAUAUUUAUAUUGUAUGAGUAGUUCUCCAAUCCCAUCGAUUGGCUAUUCAAGAUGCAUGAAUGUAUAUGUAUAUGAUGAGUUUGAAUGUAAAUAUUCAAUGUCUAUAUGACUGUUUUGAUUGAUCUAUUGUAACUUUUUCUUCAAUCUCAGAUUCAACAUGUCUCCUUUUAAUCCCCUUAGUACUAUUUUGGGUCAAAACAAACUAGAGGGUUCUAACUAUGUUGACUGGAGGAGAAAUCUCGACAUUGUGCUAACUGCUGAAGAGUACAAGUUUGUACUCAAUGAGGAAUGUCCACUGAAACCAAAUGAACAAUCUAGUGAUGAGGAUAAGCUUGCUUAUCAGAAAUGGUGCAAAGCUGAUGAGAUGGCGCGAUGUUACAUUUUGGCUUCAAUGUCAAAUGUGUUGCAACAUCAACAUCAAGCUAUGUUAUCUGCUUUUGAAAUUCUGGAGAAUCUCAAACAAAUGUUUGGAGACCAGGGUCGAUCAGCUAAGCAGACUGCCAUGAGAACUCUCAUGAACACUAAGAUGGUUGAAGGCACUCCUGUUAGAGACCAUGUUAUGAAGAUGAUAGGUCUUCUGAAUGAACUAGAGGUCUUGGGGGCUGAAAUUGACAAUGACUCCCAAGUUGAGAUGAUAUUGCAGUCUCUGCCUGACAGUUUUCAACAGUUUUGCCUAAAUUAUAAUAUGAAUAAGAUGAGUCUAUCUUUGGCACAAUUGUUGAAUGAGCUGCAGGCGGCAGAGACACUUGUCAAAAAGGCACCUUCCAUGGCACUAAAUGUUGAGAAAGGUUCUACUUCUAAACCGCAAGGUGGACAGAAGAAGAAAAAGGCUCACAAAGCUAAGGCAAUUGCACCUCCAACUGGGGGCGUGAAAAAGUCUAAGGGCAAGUGUUUUCAUUGCAAGAUGUCAGGCCAUUGGAAGGCACAUUGUCCAGUUUUCUUAGCCAAGAAGAAAAACAAUCCAGGGGUUUCAAGAAACGCGCAAGUUGAUUAGAGGUGAAGUUAGCGUUUUUCAAGCGGAUGGUUCAGCAGCUCCAGUUUUAGCAUUAGGAAAUAUUACUUUUUUGUUUGAUAGUGGUAGAGUUUUAAUUUUAAAAGACGUUUUAUAUGCACCUGCUGUUAGAAGAAAUUUAAUUUCAGUUUCUAAAGUUUUGAGAGAUGGUUAUGAUGUUAAUUUUUCUGAUAACGGUUGUGUUAUUAGCUAUAAUAAACAUCUUGUCUCUGCUGGUA